ACGGUCCAUAAAUUAUGGUUGGUGUUACAAAAGUGAAGAACUGUAUCGAGUUUUUCUCACAAGGGCACCAUCCACGUAUCCAUGGAGUCGACCUCAUGAAAAAGCAGCUUCUCACACACCUCACAAAGCCCAACCAAACCCUCGCCGCAACCCGAAUCCUCCACGCUCUCGUACUCAAUCACGGCCUCUUCAUCGACCCUUUCUACCCCACCAAAAUCCUCCGCUUCUACGCCAUCAAUGGCGACCUCGUCUCCGCACGCAACCUGUUCGACGAAAGUCCCCACCGAACCAUCUAUCUCUGGAACGCUCUCAUCCGGGCUUACGCAAGGGCCCGAAACUUCCACCACGCAUUCCUCAUGUUCAACGCUCUCCUGACCUCCGAAUCGCAGCCCGACAGUCGCACCUUCGCCUGCGUCGCUCGAGCUUGCGGCGAGAGGCUCGACGUCGAAAGUCUGCAAAUUGUUCAUGGAGAAGUGACCGCAUUUGGAUUAGAAUCGGAUUUCGUAUGCGGAAGUGCUCUCGUCACCUCGUACUCGAAGGUCGGCCGUGUCGACGAGGCGAGGCGCAUUUUUGAUCGGAUCAAUUCCCCCGAUUUGGCGUUGUCGAACGCCAUGAUUUCCGGACAUGGAAGCGUUGGAGAGUCGGGAAAGGCGAUGGAAUUGUUUAACUCCAUGCGACGGGUGGGAAUCGAGCCGGACGGUUAUACGGCGGUCGGUUUGAUCUCGGGAUUAGCUCAUGCAAGUUUGACGGCGUGGCUCGGAGAAAUGAUUCACGGACUUUGCGAAAAGCACGGAUUGGCUUCGAACGAUCAUGUCGGGAGCGCGCUCGUUAAAAUGUAUUCGACAAUGAAGAACAUGGAAUCAGCGUUUAGAGUGUUCGAUAGUAUCGUGCGUCCCGAUUUAGUGACAUGGUCGGCGCUAAUUACCGGAUUUUGUCGAACGGGCGAUCAUGUCGACGCGUUGGUUUUUUUCCGGGAUUUGGUCGCGAAUCGGGGGCGUGUGGAUUGUGUUCUUCUUGCGAGCGUUCUUGCGGUGUGCGGGCAUUUGGCGAGCGUACGACCCGGGAGCGAGAUACACGGCUACGUUAUAAGAUGCGGAUAUAGCACGGAGGUUUCCGUUUCGUCGUCGCUCGUUGACAUGUAUUCGAAAUGCGGGUUCAUCGAAGCGGGGAUUAGAGUAUUUAACGAGACGACAGUGAGGAACAUCGUGACAUACAAUACGGCGAUAAUGAAUCUCGGGUUAUACGGGCGCGCUUCCGAGGCCUUCCGGAUGUUCGAGAAGGUUCUAGAAGCGGGACUAAAGCCGGACGAGUCAACGUUCGUGGGAUUGUUGUGCGCGUGUUGUCAUUCCGGGCUAGCGAACGAGGGUCGAGAGUAUUUCCGAAAGAUGAGAAGCGAGUACAACAUUGAAGGUAAAACCGAGCAUUACGUUUACAUGGUGAAGCUCGUCGGAAUGUUCGGGAAACUAGAAGAGGCGUUCGAGCUAAUUAAAUCGUUUCCCGAACCUGUCGAUUCGGGCGUUUGGGGCACGCUUUUGUCGUGCUGCGAGUUUCGGAAGGAUUAUGCGAUGGCGGAGGUUAUAGCCGAGCAUUUAUUGGGAAAUCAGUCGAGAAUGAGAAUUGAUUGCAGAUACCGUGUGAUGGUGUCUAAUAUACUAGCCGGGGAAGGGAGGUGGGACGAGGCAAAGGCAUUGAGGGGGGCCGGAGCCGAAGGGAAAGUCCCCGGAAUAAGUUGGAUUCCGGCGACGACGGGUAAUCGCUUUGUCGCUGGGUAGAAUAAUCAUUUACGGAUCGGCAUCGCCUCAUCGUCGUCGAUAUAUAUAUGUAUGUGUAUCAUCCUAACGGUCAUUUGUGUCGAUGAAUUUGAAUUUGAGGAUGAAUUUUAAAUGAAUGAAUUUAAAUUA